GAUAAAUUCCCUGUCGUGCAUACUUCAAAAUGUCUGCUCUUGGACAUUUUUUAUUGUAGAAGUACUCUUUUGGCAGAGGCUUAAUAGAAAUAUCCCAUUUGAUAUUUUUGGUAAUGCUGUUUAAUUCAAUUCUUACUUAAAAUUUUCUGCAUAAUUCGUUAACACUUAUAUAAUGAAUAUAACCACAAAUGAACCUAACAUUAAACUUAGGGAUGAUAAGAAUGACUUGAAAGUGGAUAUUAUAAGAGAAAAUAACCACAAAAAGGACCUUAAAGUAAAUGGUUUACUCAAUGGUUCAGGCAAAGAUCUAGCAUCUCUAAAAACCUCCAAAAUUGAUGCCAAGAAAAGAUCACAAGGUACUGUAGAGAAUGCUGAGAGUAAGAGUAAAGUUCAAAUAUCAAUGAAUGACAAUGAAAAUCGACCCAAAAACUCGGGUAAAACGAAAAAAGACUUUGUUUGUGAUACAAACAACCAAGUUAAAUCCUGUUAUGAUUCGAAUGAAAAUAUAACGCAACUAAGCAGUUCACAAUCAAGCACUAGUUGUAAAAAUAGUAUAGAUCUUGGUGUUGAAGAGAAUGUGUCUUGUGUGAACUGCCCAGAAGAUAUAUCUGUGCCUAAUAGUGAAUGUUUAGAAGUGAAUAAUAUGAGUGAAGACUAUAAAACUGAUUCUGUUGAAUCUGCCGAUGAGGUGAUGAUGAAGUUGGAAAAUUUGAACAUAGCAUCUGAUGAGUCUAGUUGUAAAGAAAAUGUAGAGUCUGAAGAGUCGCCCAUAAAAUAUGUCCAGUAUGAAAAUGAACUUCAGAUGCCCUUAGUUAUGAAAAUUAUUCAAAAAGAUUUAUCAGAGCCGUACUCUAUUUAUACAUAUAGAUAUUUCAUACAUAAUUGGCCGAAACUGUGUUUUCUGGCAAUGGACAAUGAGAAAUGUGUUGGUGCAAUUGUUUGUAAACUAGACAUACAUCGGAAAGUCAUGAAACGUGGUUACAUUGCCAUGUUGGCUGUUGAUAAAGACUAUCGGAAAAAAGGCAUAGGUUCAACCCUGGUAAAAAAGGCAAUUCAAGAAAUGAUCAUUGGAGAUGCCGAUGAAGUUGUAUUGGAGACUGAAGUAACAAACCAGCCUGCUCUACAACUUUACGAAGCUCUAGGAUUUGUGAGGGAUAAGAGAUUAUUCAGAUACUAUUUAAAUGGAGUAGAUGCUUUGAGAUUGAAGUUGUGGCUCAGAUGAAAAUGUGGCUCUCUGUACAAUGGGUGCCUAUUACUACUUCAGUGGGUUACUUUGUGUCUCAGCUUUUGGAAUUUGAUAUUGCAAUAAAUUAAUGUAUUUUACUUUCAUAUACAUCAUGGAAAUUUUGCACAGAAAAAUUUACGCACAAUUUCCUUUCGAUUAAUUUCGUUUUUACAUACUAUUGUCACAUAUCAGUUUCAAAAAUAUAGAAUUACAGAAGGUUUCUUCUAAAAUGUCGAGUUCCAUCUUGUAGUUUCAAGAUAAAAUUUUUUCUCAAUUGUUGUGAAGAGAUCGUGAUUUCAGCUUUAUUCGAAUCAUUAUUAAUUUAUAUUUACGUUAUCAACUUGGUGGAACAGUCUAUUCUACAACCUUUACCAAAUGUUCUUUGCAAGCCUUUUUUUUAUUCAUCUAAAUGUUGAUAUUCAACAUUACACAACAACAUAAAAAUGUUCAAACCCUGUACAUAAAUUUGUGUGUUUGAAAGUUUUAUGAUCGUUAUCGGUUCCUCAUGAACUUUGCAAUGUUGAAAUGAAUUUUCUACUCCGUAUAUGUAAUAUAAUCAUCCUUCUUGAAAUAGUAUUACCAAAGAACAAUUCAAACAAGGUACAAAUAGAAACUCCUUUAAUGUAUUUGUCUUGCUUCAAUUUUUUUCACAUUUUCAAGUGACAAGAGAACCUUUGCAAAAUGCUUCCACAGUGUAAAUAUUAUUAUUGGAAUUCUUUCAAAAUGAACUAUUCUGUUUUGUGUAUUUCUUUAAUGUCUUCCAAGAUGCCUCAUUCACUCAUUUCAUCAAUUUUAAAUAGAUAAGAAACUGGUACUUAUCCAAAGUUGUUUGUAUCACAGAACUGUUUUAUUUUGGAAUGAUAUGUGUAAAUAAACUAGAUUUAUUGUACUUGAAAUGUAAACUUGUAUAAUACUUGAUAAAAUAUAAGUUGUGCAGUGUUUA